AAAAAGCGACGGACAUUUCCAGCAGACAUCGCAGACAGUAGAUGGCUAAUGCCCGCGUCUGAGCUCCUCUGCUAUUCUCCUCUUGUGCUGCGCCGCCACUCGAUGCCCGUCGUCGUGUGUCACUUGUGUCUCAUCGCAGCAGCGCCAGUCGUUUGGGACUUCCGGUUUCUUCUUCUUCUCUGUCGCUAAAAAAGAAGAAAAAACAAAUAACGGACAUAUAUAUAGGAUUUUUUGUUUUUGUUUUAUUUUCCCUGGCGGACGGAAUUACUUUUUUUUUUUUCUUCUUCCGUCUUCCUCCCGAUGUUUUCCCUGCAGUCCUAUUGUUAUUGAGUUGAGUAGCUUUGGCCGUUUUGACGCGGGUGCGCGGGCCUUUUGAUAUUUCGGCUGUUGUGUGCUGACGCGGGUCGCGGUUCCACUUCUAUUCCGGCGCUCUAUAAUCCUCAUCCAGCCGCCGUGGCCGCCGUCGCUGCAUAUCUUCAAGCUCCAGCGCCUGUUGUGUGUCUACCCAUCAACUCACAAGAGGGAGGGGGUGGCUAUACUAGCUGCUGGGUGUGGCGCCCACUCUGUUGGACUUUGUUGUCGUCGGGGAUCUAGAGAGACUCGACUAUAGUCUAGUCUACUUGUCGUCGACUUCGCCGAAAGUGGAUGACGACGAUGCCAAUGCUGUCGCACAGCAAUUCACUAAUGGACGACGAUCCGGGGAUGAUGUCGGAAGCCGAAACCUCGGCGACGGGAUUUCGGCGCGGCUCAAAGCAACGGGCCACACUGCCGGUGGUCCGCACGCCCUCCAAGACUCUCGAGCGCCCAUUAGGAUUGGUUUUCUUACAAUUCCGGCACGAGACGAAACGGGCCCUGCUGCCCAAUGAAAUCACGACGCUGGACACGGUCCGGGCUCUGUUCGUCCGCUCGUUCGCCCGCCAGCUGAGCAUGGAGUAUUUUGAUUCCAACAACGUUCACAUCUACAUUCACGAUCCUAAUCAGGAUAUGUUUUACGAGCUAGAAGAUCUCAGGGAUAUACGGGACAGGUCGAUCCUGCGUCUCUUCGAGACGGACGAGCUGAAGCAGCCGUUCAACUUCCAGUCGGCCUUGCCCAUUUCGCUGUCGCAGUUGUCCUUUCUCGACGACGGCGAGGCGCUGCUGGACGCCAACGACUUGGAUCAGCCGCUGGAUCGAUGCAACCCGCGACUGAUGAUCAGCUCGCCGCUCUCAUCGGGCACCUGGGACGAGAUGUCUUACUUCAGCGAACCUGAAUUCGACUCCGACUAUCGACCCCAACACGUUCACAAAGCCAAGACUAGGACGGCCAAACCCAUGAUGGGACUGGCCAACGGCCGCCAAUCCAUUCCGGUACCAGCAGCGCCUGUGAAUCACGGCUCAACGGUGUCCCUCAUCCAACCACCGCCCAACAUGCCACCGAGAAAUCUUCAGGGAAGAUCUGCCUUACACCGGUCCUAUUCCAUUGCGGCGGAGCAGACGCCGUCGCCGCUCAGGAUCGAUCGCAACGCCAUGUCACCUGUCAAAGUUGCCCGGGAUUACGCAACUAGUGUUCCCAGCAGCGAUCAAUCGGCAAGAUGGAACGAGCAGCAGCAGCACGGAGCCGAGGUAAUCCACGGCUUUUUCCCGUGCUCGCAACAGGCGUUACCGCCUCAAGUGCCGCCGAGACCGCCUGAGCGCUCGUUUCACAAUUACAGCAACUUAUCGAACCUCAAACCCAGUUACGGAGCCUCAUCCUCUUCACUGGCCAUUGCAAGCAACGCAGUUAUUGGUCCCGCGCUGAGCCGGUCGCCCGUGUUUGGCAACGGAUUCAACGACCUUCGAAAUUCGCAAUCGUCAGUCUUCCAAAGCGGAAUAGCUGAUCCAGCUUUAGUCGACGAACAGACCAGGAAACGAAUGGAGCAAGUUGAACGGAAAUUAGCUAGCCUUACCGGUUUAGUGCAAACGGCAUUAACCAGUGCCGUCGGAGUCCACGUUCAGCUGUCUGACAAUGAUUUAGAUAGUGACACCAAUAGCUCCGGACUUCCCUUGCGUAUUCCGCCAGUCGAGCCAGACGCAAGCUCCCCCCACCUUCUCGCCGUCAAGACCCCCAGACUGGGACUUGGAAAGUGUAAAGAUAAGUGCGUGUCGUUUGAGAAGUCUGUGUCUUUCUGCGACGACCCCGUCGAGUUGCAUGAAGGGAAGCAUUCGCCACAGCCUACAGAAAGCAAGCCAACUAAACCUGCCAUCAAGUCGUCCACUUUGCCCCGGGCUUCUUCUCAAGUUUCGGUUUACAAAGGAGAUUCAGAUUGGAUCGGGAGCGUGGAAACGUACACUCAGUUACGCCUGCUGCAGAAAAACGCCAGAGAACUGCGGUCGGAAAUGCGAAGCCUGCGCCGCUUGAGUCAGGCCCAACUCUCAGCCGUCAACGAAGCCGUCAAGGACACGAUUCAGAUCAUGAAGAAAACCUUCUUGGAAAACAGUGACGUUAUCACGAACGCGCUGUGCGAUAACGAUUCGUCCAACGUGGAGACAACGCUGAGGAAUGUGCACCGACAGGAAGACAACUACCAAAAAGAAAUGAAGCAACUGGAGAAAGAUCUUAGCGAAUUGGAAACUUCGGUUGAGAACUUACGAAGUCACGUAAUCAACAAGAAGACCCGAGUGAGCAUGGCCGAUGUGGAACAACUCGCCACUUUGCUCAGCCGAUCCAGUAAAUCCGUCGACCAAUUGAAGACUCAAUUUCCAGUCCUGGAAGAGUCCAUCAAAGGUGCGCUUACUUUACAAUUGGACAAACAAGCCGAAGACAAUCAGUUUCUGACUGAGACGCCGAAUAAGUUGGAGAAUACCAUUGGACGUUGCAAAAAGUUGACGAGUACUUUAGUCACUUUGAGAAGGUUGGCUUCGGUCCAAGAGCAACGACAACCACAAACUUCAGAAAAAUCUCCCACAUCUAAAAGCUACACCACGUCUGUGACAGUCGAUACGCCUUCCAACGUAAUCCGCAAUCCCCCCCAACAGGGAAUCUCGUGGAACGAAUUCGCUCAGCAAUCCGAUUGCAACGAUGCCUUUACUGCUUCACUCGAGUUAUAUCCAACCUAUCGUGCCGACGUCUCUGAGCCUGGGAUCGUCGACGCAACAAGUCGGAAUGACUCCCGGUCCUUUCACCAGUGUGGUGAUCAAUCGCAACGAACAGAACCUCGAUCUCCCAACGCACUCGACACUUUACUAGACGAACUGAAGCAUUAUUCGGAGACCACCAACCCUGACAUGGGAUCUCCACAAAUUGUCACUGCCAAGACUGGAUCUGGGCAAAGAACACAAGCACUUCAGCCAACACUUGCCAUGCAACCCAUUUUAAAACCCCCUGUACCUACGUCAACUUCCUAUGCUGAAUCUUCCGUUGACGGCGUCGUCUCCAGCACUUGCAUUGGUAAUCCGACGAGCGGUCGUCGAAGAGCUCCUCCUCCACCUCCACCGCGAACAUCUUCUCGAUCACCUCUCGCCUCACCUCUUCGUACCAACCAUAAGUUCAAUCCUCGGCCGUUACCAAGUUUGCCUGCCACAGUGGAAAAUAAUCACUUUACAAUGCCAUUGGUCACGACGGUGACGUCGGUGUCGCCCCAGUCUCAAACGCGGAGCACUUCCAUUCUAUCAGCAGAUUCAAAAGUCGUAAAGACUAAUAAAGGUCGACUGCCCGUUCCAACUCAAACCAAAGAAAAAUUGGUUGAGUCACACGACGUUCUUUUGCGCUAUAAAUGUGCGUCUUCAGCCAAUUCUUCUCUUUCUAGACGAACCAGUGAAGCUGAUAUCGAUAACAUGAUAACUACUUGUGGUGAUAGCGGUGUACCUUUAACGCUACCAGGCUCUCCGAAACGUGAUACUCUGGAGUCGCGACAUCAAGAACUUCUGAAAACCCAAAAACACCUUCAAGAACAAUAUGAUCGAUUACAGAGAUUCCAUGGCACCCAGAUUAUGCCUGUCCCAUCUGUUAACGAAAAAUUGCAAUUUAUAGUACCACCUUCACCACAAUUUACUGUUCAAGUAGUUAGUGAAGCAUAUGCUACACCCGAGGGACAAUUACAUUUGCAGACGGAUACGGAUAGGUGUGAUUCAGAAACAAGUGAAAACAAACAUUUGCAAAAUACUGAGAAUCAAGCAAUGAUAAACGUUGUUGCAAUCGAUAAUAGAACCCCACAAAAUGUAAACCAGUCUAAAGAUCAUUCAAUUGAAACCAAAGAUCAACAGUCGAUCACUUCUUCUAUCGACGCUGAUGGUGGCAAAGGGAGAGAUUAUACUUUCAUUUCAAUUUUAUUGGAUAAUGCUCACGAGACUGACAUUUUGUGAAUCAAAUUAGUAUAAAGAAAACAAUAGGAACCCUUACUUAAAAAACGAACUUGCUCACCUUUAAUUUUGUACGUUUAUAAAAGAAAGAAACUUCUGUAUUGACACAUCAUCGUUAUCAUUAAAAUUUAAGUUCUUAACAGAAGAGUUUGGUAACGCCUGGGGUCAAAAUUCUGAAAAAUUUCCUUAUGUUUCUAGUUAUGAAAAUUUCACUGUAAUAUCUACACUGGGACCUAAGUAAAUCAUAAAUUACCAUAUCCCUUUAAAAAAAUUAUUGCGGGUGCUUUAGUUACCCAUUGGUUGAUGCUUCAAUUUCAUAAUUAUUCGUUCAAAUUAGUUUGUAAAUAGACUUCAUGUCUAUCACUUUUUUGUGUUCCGCUUCUAAUAUGGGUUAGAAUUGGGUUGUAGAAAAACAAAAAUAAAUGAGAGAAAAACAAAUAUUUCCAAUGACAAUUUGAUACAUCUUUAAAACUUUGGUAAAGACCAAGUGCACUUGGCACUUUUACACUUCACAGUCACAUCAACUACAUUAUGAUAGUUAAUAGGGUGAGAUAAGGACUAUUGGUAAUCCCAUUUCUCUACUUAGUAUGUUAUCAGCGUUAAUUGGAAUUUUAUACUCCCGUAUAAAUGUUAAGCUAUGAAAGCAGCUCAGAGGAGAUUCAUUCGUGAAUUUUAUUUCUUUUAAUUAUUUGUUUGAUUUUUCCAUUGAAUUAAAAAAAGUUAUAGUCCCCACGAAUCAAAAUAUGUAAAAAUACACCCACCGCAAUUAAUUGCUGGAUGACUCCCCUUUUUA